AGGGGAGAAGUUUGAAGCUUGAGAGGAACAUCCGCACCCGCAAGGCUGCUCAUGCUUGUCCUUCCUCCCGUGACCUGGCCGGCCUUCCUCCCCCGCCACCACCCCCUCUCCAGGCAGAGUCUGUCAUUGAACUUGGAGCUCACCAGUUGCCUAGACUGGCUGGCCAAUGGGUUACAGCCGCCUGCCAGACUCCACCCCAGCACCAGGGUUCUAGACAAGUGUCGCCACACUGGAUUUUACAUGGUGCUGGGAAUCGGAAUUCAGAUCUUUAUGGUUUUGUAUCAGGCACUUGGCCAACUGAGCCGCUGCCCCUGCCCGCCCCCCUGCCCCCCAGCCUGGAAAUAUUUGUGUGUGGGGGGUACUUGUUCACGUUCAUGUGUAUCGGUGUAUGCAACAGCCAGAGAUUGAUAAUCCAAUGUCCUCUCCUCUUGAUAAUCAAAUGUCCAAUCAAAUUGCUCUCCACCUUAUUUUCUGGGACCAGGUCUCCCACUGAAGCUGGGGCUCCCAGACUCCUCUGUCUGGCCCUGGGGUCGUCCCGUGUCUGCCCACGUCCCGUGUCUGGCCCUGGGUCGUCCCAGCCCUAGGGUUACAGAUAAGGAGUACCAUGCCUCGCUAAAAAUCGGCUGGGAAUCCAAACUCAGCGCCUCAUGUGUGCACAGGAAACACUUUGCCCACGGAGCCACCUCUCAGCUCUAGGACUGUCACUUUUGACAAGCAUUGAGUGGCCCAUCUCGGGAAGCUGGAGAGAAAAGCAAACGAGUUGAGCCUGGCAGGGGGUGUCCAGGGCUACCUUGAGAGCCAGCCCUGAGUGUCUCCAGAAAGAGCAGUAGCAGAGAUGCUUCCGAAGAGAGCGGAUGACAUCGGCUUGGCCUUGGGAUGUGCUGACGUUCAAAUGUCAUUUUCUCUUAUUAAUUGUAUCAGUGCUAGACUAAUGUUAACACGAACCUCCUGGCAAAGGGGCUGGUCAGGGCAGAGCAAGGGCUACCUCAGUGGCCUGCAAACGAGCAGGACUCAGAGAAUGUGAAGCAAAUGCCGGAGACCUGCCCCGGGGCCCAGGACCCAACAUUUCAUGUGACUGUGACCGACUGUCUUGCCUUUCUAGGAUCUGGCUGGUGAGAAGAUGUGUCCCCAUCAAGGCACUAGACGGUGACCGGUGUUUAUCGUGGGAUGAAAUGCUGCACCGGCACCCGAGGGCUGGCAGAAAUGGGAGUCUGGCUGAAUCGUAGGAAGUUGGUGGUGGCGAGGAGGAGACGCCACGGCAGGGCUGAGCCCAAGCAGCUGUGGAGUAUGUGAAUAGCCCCAGAGCCCUAACUGCCCUGUCCAUCAUGGUCCAGAGGCUGUGGGCCAGCCGUCUGCUGCGGCAUCGGAAAGCCCAGCUCCUGCUGGUCAACCUGCUGACCUUUGGCCUGGAGGUGUGCCUGGCAGCCGGCAUUACCUAUGUGCCACCCCUUCUGCUGGAAGUAGGGGUAGAGGAGAAGUUCAUGACCAUGGUGUUAGGCAUUGGCCCAGUGCUGGGCCUGGUCUCUGUCCCACUCCUCGGCUCAGCCAGUGACCAGUGGCGUGGACGCUAUGGCCGCCGGAGGCCCUUCAUCUGGGCUCUGUCCCUGGGUGUCCUGCUAAGCCUCUUUCUCAUCCCAAGGGCGGGCUGGCUGGCAGGGCUGCUGUGUCCAGACACCAGGCCCCUGGAGUUGGCCCUGCUGAUCUUGGGAGUGGGGCUGCUGGACUUCUGCGGUCAGGUGUGCUUCACUCCCCUGGAGGCCUUGCUCUCCGACCUCUUCCGGGACCCGGACCACUGCCGCCAAGCCUUCUCGGUCUAUGCCUUCAUGAUCAGCCUCGGGGGCUGCCUGGGCUACCUCUUACCUGCCAUUGACUGGGACGCCAGCGCCCUGGCGCCCUACCUGGGCACUCAGGAAGAAUGCCUCUUUGGCCUCCUCACCCUCAUCUUUCUCGCCUGCGUGGCAGCCACUCUCUUCGUGGCCGAGGAGGCCGUCCUGGGCCCCCCUGAGCCAGCAGAAGGGCUGUCGGUCCCCGCCGUGGCUUCCCGCUGCUGCCCAUGCCGGCUGGGCCUGGCUCUCCGGAAUCUGGGCACCCUGUUUCCCCGGCUACACCAGCUGUGCUGCCGCAUGCCUCGCACCCUGCGCCGACUCUUUGUGGCCGAGCUGUGCAGCUGGAUGGCGCUCAUGACCUUCACGCUGUUCUACACAGACUUUGUGGGCGAGGGGCUGUACCAGGGCAUACCAAGAGCUGAGCCAGGCACCGAGGCCCGGAGACACUAUGAUGAAGGCAUUCGCAUGGGCAGCCUGGGGCUCUUCCUGCAGUGCGCCAUCUCCCUGCUCUUCUCCCUGGUCAUGGACAGGCUGGUGCAGCGGUUUGGCACACGGGCCGUCUAUCUGGCUAGCGUGAUGGCCUUCCCUCUGGCUGCUGGUGCCACGUGCCUGUCGCACAGCGUGGUCGUGGUAACGGCUUCGGCUGCCCUCACCGGCUUCACCUUCUCGGCCUUGCAGAUCCUGCCUUACACGCUGGCCUCCCUCUACCACCGUGAGAAACAGGUGUUCCUGCCCAAAUACCGAGGGGACGCUGGAGGUGGUAGCAGUGAGGACAGCCAGACAACCAGCUUCUUGCCAGGCCCUAAGCCGGGAGCUCCCUUCCCCAAUGGACACGUGGGCCCUGGCAGCAGCAGCAGCAGCAGCCUCCUGGUGCCCCCACCUGCACUCUGCGCGGCCUCUGCCUGCGACGUCUCCAUGCGAGUGGUGGUGGGUGAGCCGCCCGAGGCCAAGGUUGUUACUGGGCGGGGCAUCUGUCUGGACCUUGCCAUCCUGGACAGCGCCUUCCUGCUGUCCCAGGUGGCUCCAUCCCUGUUCAUGGGCUCCAUCGUCCAGCUGAGCCGUUCGGUUACUGCCUACAUGGUGUCAGCGGCAGGCUUGGGUCUGGUCGCCAUUUACUUUGCUACACAGGUAGUGUUUGACAAGAACGAUUUGGCCAAAUACUCUGUGUAGAGUGCUGUUAAGGCAUUGAGGAGAAAGGGUCGGCCUCUUGGGCCCCCCAGGGCUGCUAAGCUGGCCUCUCCGGGUCUGUGUCGUUGCCUAGGUGGUGUAGCUCUCUGCUGCCACCCUAUGGCGGUGAGGUGUAUAGUUGCACAGACCGAACCUGGGACUUCCAGCUCGUCUGGCUUUAGAGUCUGGCGGGCGCCCCCUGGCGGCUUCUCGCGUGGGUAUCCGUCCGUCUGAAGUCCUGCAGGGAUGCAAAUGCAGUUUGUACCGGUGCGUUACCAAGGCUCAGAGUUAACAGCUCACCUCCUGGUUGAGUCGCCACGGAAGGAUCUGGGGACCCGAAGGAACUUCCCAGUGAGUCCCUUGUCCAGAUUCGGCCGCUUUUGCUCUUGCACGGGAGUUUCUCGUGGGACCCUCUCCUCCACACGGUUCGACAGGACGGAGGUUGGAGGGAGGAGCCCGAACAGACAAGGUGAAACCCCGUGGUCCACAGCACUGCCCUUCUGCUGCGUCCCUCACCCGCACCUGUUCCGGGAAGUGGCUCGGCUUGUUGGCCUCUGUGUUGCCCUCAUGGAGACACAGGCCUUUAAAUAUUUAAUUUAUUUAUUUAACACAUUAGAAGUAAAAUUCAUUCCCAGCCUUUUUAUGUUGUGCCUAGGAGGUCGAGCAGGGUGGGAUCUCCAAGAACUGGUUCCCCCUAAAAUAGCUGAUAACUGCCAGACUCCUCUUCUAGGGUGAUAGAUAUCGUCCCCAAAAUAUCCAGCCCAGUCCCUUGGGCAAUCUAUUCACCCUAAUUGAGAGCCCGGAGCUGUCCCCACUCAAGGCUGGGCAUUGAGGGAAACUGAAGUGGGGCUCAAGGUCUCUACAGCAUACCAAGUCCCCCUUUUCUCUUGCCCCAGCUUGGCCCUGACUCCC